GCAGCGGGGCAUGGGGGAGGGGCUUGAGUUGUGUGGGCUGCACCGCGGCGCGGCUGACGGGGCGGAGCCUCUGAGGAGGCCCAAAGAGUCUGGAGUGGCCGCCUUGCAAAGUGCCCAGGGUGGGAAUACGCUCCUGGAGAGUGGUUGGAAUUGUUGGACCGAGAAACUGUGGUGGGAGUCAGUGUGUGUGUGUGACUGCAGUGAUGUGUGUAAUUGCGUGUGAGUGUGACAGACUAAUUGUGAUGGGAUGUGUGAUUGCGGUGUGUUGUGUUGUGGUGAUUUUUGGUUGCGUUUGGUUGUAUAGUGUUUGGUUGUCGUGAAAGGUCUGUGGGUAGGUGUUUGUAGUAUGUGUAGCGGUUCUUGUCUUGAGUUGACUUCUGUAUAGUGUUUGUCAUACUUGAUAACUGCAUGGAAAAAGAUCUGUGUAAAAUUUUGUGUUUGGUUUUAAGUCGUCCUCCCUACCCUUUGGCCACCCCUUAGUCUCCUUUGCUUCCUUUUUUUACCCCUGGAAGUUCUUGGUUCUCUUCUGUUGUUUUCCAGUUUUCCUGUUGAUCUUUUCCAGAGUCGGCAUCUCAACAUCAUAUGACCAGCAUCUUUUAUCAUAUGUAUUACCUAGCUAUUGCCCGAAUAGUAAUGCUGCCUAACAAACCACCCCUAAAUCAGCGGCAUAUAACAGCAAGCAUUUAUUCUCAUGUUCACCUGUUUCCAGGUUCUCUGUUCAGCCUGUUUAGGCUGGGGCUGACUGAGUAGCUAGACUGCAGGGUGGUUUUAGAUCUGCUCCUCCACAUGUGUUCUUUCUGCUGCUCACACUAAGAGGACAGUGCCAGGACCUAUUCUCAACAUGGAUCAACAGAGCACAAGACAGACUGUACAAACAGUCUUAAAAACCUCUGUUCCUCAGUAUACUGAUAGUUCUCUUGUCCGAUAAUAUUCCUUUUUGGGUCUUGUUAUUGUAUUAUCCAGGAAUUUCAUUUUCCAACCCCUUCUUUUUAUGAUUUUAUACUUCAGGUCUCUGGUAAAGAGUAUAUUGCUGGGCUUUUUACCCCUUUAUCCUGCUUGAAUGUUAUUUUAAUAGCCUACAGGUCCUGCUUUCACGGAGAUAAGAAAGAUCUGUGGUGUGACUAAAAGGAAGCCUGGAGAGCAGGUGUCCAUCAUGGAAGGAGACCUUCUGACCUGAGAACUCUCCUGGAGGCUGGAGAAGCCUGAGAUAGAGCAGACCCUGGAAUUGCUGGAUCUACAGCUUACCUUAACCUUUCUGCCCUUAGUGGGCAAGGCCUGAAUGACAUCUCAGCCUUCAGAGAUCAGCAAAAGCUGUGUGACAAUGGAGCGUUUAACCCAGAUGAUGGAAAGGAGAGCUUGGCAUCCUCAGGACUCUGCCCUUUUGGAGGAAGAAGAGAAUAUGACCAGGUCUCUUGAAACAGUGACAUUUAAGGAUGUUGCUGUGGACCUCACCCAGGAGGAAUGGCAGCAAAUGAAACCUGCUCAAAGGAACUUGUAUCGAGAUGUAAUGCUAGAGAACUACAGCAACCUAGUCACAGUGGGUUAUCAAGUCACCAAACCAGAUGUGAUCUUCAAGUUGGAGCACGAAGAGGAACCGUGGGUGGUAGAGGAAGAAAUGCUUGGAAGGCAUUGUCCAGAAGUUUGGGAAGUUGAUGAACAGAGCAAGAAGCAAAAGGAAACACUUGUAAGGAAAGUCACAUCCAUCUCCAAGAAAACUCUGAUUAAGGAAAAUGUCAUUGAAUGUAAAAGAGUUACAAAAAUAUUUCCUUUGAGCUCAGAUAUUCUUACUUCAAGACAAAACUUCUUUGAUUGUGACUCACUUGAUAAGGGUUUGGAACAUAAUUUAGAUUUACUUAGUUAUGAGAAGAAUUGUGUAAGAGAGAAAAACUAUGACUAUAAUAAGUAUGGGAAGCCUUUUUACCACUGCUCAUCCCAUGUUCUCACCCCCUUUAAGUGUAAUCAGUGUGGACAAGACUUCAGUAAUAAAUUUGACCUCAUCAGACAUGAAAGAAUUCAUUCUGGAGAGAAACCCUAUGAAUGUAAGGAAUGUGGAAAAGCCUUCAGCAGGAAGGAAAAUCUCAUUACACAUCAAAAAAUUCAUACUGGGGAAAAACCGUAUAAGUGUAAUGAAUGUGGAAAAGCUUUCAUUCAGAUGUCAAACCUUAUUAGACACCAGAGAAUUCAUACGGGAGAGAAACCUUAUGCAUGUAAGGACUGUUGGAAAGCCUUCAGUCAAAAAUCAAAUCUUAUUGAACAUGAGAGAAUUCAUACUGGAGAAAAACCCUAUGAAUGUAAAGAAUGUGGAAAAUCCUUCAGCCAGAAGCAAAACCUUAUUGAGCAUGAGAAAAUUCAUACGGGGGAGAAACCUUAUGCAUGUAAUGAAUGUGGUAGAGCCUUUUCUCGAAUGUCAUCUGUUACUCUACACAUGAGAAGUCACACAGGGGAGAAACCCUAUAAAUGUAAUAAAUGUGGAAAAGCCUUCUCUCAAUGCUCAGUAUUUAUUAUACAUAUGAGAAGUCAUACAGGUGAGAAACCCUAUGUGUGUAGUGAAUGUGGGAAAGCGUUCUCUCAAAGUUCAUCCCUUACUGUACAUAUGAGAAAUCAUACAGCUGAGAAACCCUAUGAAUGUAACGAGUGUGGAAAAGCCUUCAGCAGGAAAGAAAAUCUCAUUACACAUCAGAAAAUUCAUACUGGAGAGAAACCAUAUGAAUGUAAUGAAUGUGGGAAAGCUUUUAUUCAGAUGUCAAACCUCAUUAGACACCAGAGAAUUCAUACUGGUGAGAAACCUUAUGCAUGUACAGUAUGUGGGAAAGCCUUUAGUCAGAAAUCAAAUCUCACCGAACAUGAGAAAAUUCAUACUGGAGAAAAACCCUAUAAUUGUAAUCAAUGUGGAAAAGCUUUCAGUCAGAGACAAAAUCUCCUUGAGCAUGAAAAAAUUCAUACUGGAGAGAAACCGUUUAAAUGUAAUGAAUGUGGUAAAGCCUUUUCUCGAAUCUCAUCUCUUACUCUUCAUGUGAGAAGUCAUACAGGGGAGAAACCGUACGAAUGUAAUAAAUGUGGAAAAGCCUUCUCUCAGUGCUCAUUACUUAUUAUACAUAUGAGAAGUCAUACCGGUGAGAAACCUUUUGAAUGUAAUGAAUGUGGGAAAGCAUUCUCUCAAAGAGCAUCCCUUUCUAUACAUAAGAGAGGGCAUACAGGUGAGAAACGCCGAAAACCUUAUAAAUGUAAGGAAUGUGGGAAAGCCUUUCAUUCCAACUCACAACUUAGUAAACAUCAAAGGAUCCACAUAGGUGAGAAACCCUAUAAAUGUAAGGAGUGUGGGAAGGCCUUUCCAUCUACCUCACAACUUAGUUUACAUCAGAGAAUUCAUACGGAUGAGAAAUACUAUGAAUGUAAGGAAUGUGGGAAAGCCUUUACCCGUCCCUCACAUCUUCUUCGACAUCAGAGAAUCCAUACUGGUGAGAAACCCCAUAAAUGUAAGGAAUGUGGGAAAGCUUUCCGUUACGACACGCAACUUAGUCUUCAUCAGAUAAUUCAUACUGGUGAGAGACGCUAUGAAUGUAAGGAGUGUGGAAAGGUAUAUAGUUGUGCCUCACAACUGAGUCUACAUCAAAGAAUUCAUACUGGUGAGAAACCUCAUAAAUGUAAGGAAUGUGGGAAAGCUUUUAUCUCUGAUUCCCAUCUUAUUCGACAUCAGAGUGUUCAUACUGGUGAGAAACCAUAUAAAUGUAAAGAAUGUGGGAAGGCCUUUCGUCGUGGCUCGGAACUUACUCGACAUCAGAGAGCUCACACUGGUGAGAAACCCUAUAAAUGUAAGGAAUGUAAAAUGGCCUUUACCUGUAGCACAGAACUUAUUCGACAUCAAAAAGUUCACACUGGUGAGAGACCUCAUAAAUGUAAGGAAUGUGGGAAGGCCUUUAUUCGAAAGUCAGAACUUACUCAUCACGAGAGAAGUCAUAGUGGUGAAAAGCCCUAUAAGUGUAAGGAAUGUGAAAAAGCCUUUGGUCGUGGCUCAGAACUUAAUCGACACCUGAAAAUUCAUACUGGUGAGAAACCUUACAAAUGCAAGCAAUGUGGGAAGGCCUUUAUUCGUGGUUCACACCUUAGUAAACAUCAAAGAAUUCACACAGGAAAGAGGAGUGAAUGAAGUUAUGUGGGAAGGCUCAAAAUUUUAUGGACAUCUGCAAAGUCAAACUAGUAAAACACAAAACCCCCUGUGAUUUUAAGGAAUGUGGGAUAGCCUUUGAAGAUAACUUAAUAUUGGAGCUUACACUGUGGAUCAGGGCCUUUAUUUGAGGGCCAUAAUUUAUUUGACAUGUGUUAAUGUUGAUAUACUUUAUAAAUGUUAGGGAUUGGGAGGGUUCUCUUUAUGUUUCAAAAUUUAUUAGAUAUCAAGGUUCAAUUGAUACUAAAGUGAAAAAACUCCUUGAAUGUAAGGAAAGGGGGAAGGCUUUGGAAGGCAGUUAAUGUGUCAGAGACUGUCAUACCAAUGAUUCGCAACAUCAGGGUCAUUUGGCCUGGGGGAAAUCAAGAGGAUUUAUAAUAUAAAUAUUAUAAAUAUAGGAGACCAAUUUGCUUUAGCUAACAAAUUACUCAUCUCACUUCAUACUUGAGGAAGACUGCAGUAAUGUUAAAAAUGCAGCUGAUUCUUCCAUCCCGCUCAGAUCUUAAAUAUUUGCAAGCUUGUCCUCUAAAAUUAACUUAAACUGAGGCAGAGUGGUAAAGGAUUUAAGCAAUGCUCAGUCUUUUACUUGCCUUUUAGGGCAAAUUACUUAACUAGAUCUAAACUUUCUCAGUUAUAAAUUAAUAAUGUUAGCACCAUCUUAUUAGUAUUAUAAGAUUAAAUAAUUACAUUAUAUCCCAUAGAAUACUGUAUGGCUCAUAUUGAAAGUGAGUUAAAUAGCUGCUUCUAUUUAUUUUCAUAUUUGUGGAUAGAGAUCAUAUGAGAGGAAGGCUUUUAUGUGUACCAUGACUAUGGGAACAUCUUAUAUCAUCUUUUGAAUGUCAGGUAAUUCCUUCUGGAGAAUAAUUGAAAACUGAACUUUUUGUUCACCUUGCCCUCUUGCCUCACUAGGGGAAAGGAAAUCAAGGCAAGUUACAAUUUGGAGUGAAUGACAAACAACUCCAUGUUGAAAGUUGUAGGAUGCAACAGAGCUAUCCUUAGGAGAAUUAACUUCUUUUAAUAUGUGUAGAAAAUAUGGACAGUUAACGGCCACAAUUCAUUGUCAGUGCACUGUACUUGAUGUACAGGCUGUUCUAAUAGGUUCCCUGGAAACACUUGUUGAAAUCUGAGGAAUGAGAGAGUGAAUGAAUAAGCAGUCAGCUCUAGUGUGUAGAAAAGCUCUAACCAGUUAAGAGCAAAGCCAAAAACAAAGCAACAACAACAACAAACCUUGAAAACUUCCUGAAAUGGGAGGGGAAAACCCUCAAGCAUCAUGAAUGAGAGGAAAUGUAACUACAAAAAAGGAGUUUUAAAGAAAAAAGGCAACGUUGUUGUGGCAGACACUGUUGGUUGCCUAUCCGUUGUUGUUAACCAUUCUCCCUUUGCCAGGACUGUCUGCUGCUCAUCUAAAGUCUAGGUCUUGCUCUCCUAGUUUGCUUUGCAUCUGGGCAUAUAUGUAACAGUCCUAGCCAUACAAGAGCUGAGCAAAAUUCUGCAAGUAGGCUUCAGGUUAAAUUUUCUUGCCCAACAAAAUAGGAGGAAAUAGUCCUCUUAUAUACAGGGUGCAUGUCUGUAUGUCUGUGUGAUACCAGCAUUGUGGCCAUUUUGCUACCGGAGGGGUGAAAGGCUGAGAUUAAUAUGCAGGAUAGAUUGGAAUUACCUGCAUCCUUGACAUUGUUGAACUGAGGAAACGAUGCAGAGCUGCUCUGCCCCUGAGUUUUGAGGAAAAUAACAAACUUCAUGCAUAUCUGUUUUAAGUUUAUACUCAAUUUUUUAUGAUAGACCUGAGUCCUGGGGGAAAAGUGUGUGUGUGUGUGUGUGUGUGUGUGUGUGUGUGUGUGUACACCUUUAAUUUAGUAAGAUGAGGAAAUGUUUAUAUUCAGCUUUUUAUACUAUAUCUGAAAAUGUGGAAGAGCAUUAUUAAAUAUUUUUUAAAUGGGUACAUAUAUGUUCUACUUUGCUUCAGUAAGACAUGGGAAAUGGUUUUUGUUUUCUUUUUACAUUUAGCAUUGUAUUGUGUGUGUUUAUAUUCAGCUCUUUAAAGCAUGGCUGAAAUCUUGAAAGAGUAUUUUUCUGAAUAAAGUAAGAACCAAUUAAAAAAAAACUGAUUAAAGAGGUAUAGUGAUUCCUCUACUAUCAGCAUAUCUAACAGAUAAAAUCUAAGUUUCCAAGAUACAGUCACAGCUAAGAGGCUAGCGUAACCCUAUAAAGAAACUUGGAAAAGGACAACAUCCAAAUCAAAUCAGCUCUAAAAAUAAUCUACUGUACUUACGGUAUAUGAAUAUUCCAAUUAAAAUAGCAAAUCAAAUCUAGCAGCCUAUUGAAGAAAGUGUUUUUGUUUGUUUUUGUCUUGUUUGGAAUAAAAUGGUUCAUGACCUGUCCAAUUGUUUUUUUUUUUUAAGAUUUUAUUUAUUUUAUUUGACAGAUAGAGAUCACAAGUAGGCAGAGAGGCAGGCAGAGAGAGAG